AUGAUGGCUGGGUUGCAAGUCGCAAAGAGGGACCUCCGCCGGAGGAUGCGGGAUGCUCUCCAGCAGAUCCCCGCCGACUCUAUUGCCAAUCAAUCCAGAAUCGCUACAAAUCAGUUACUCUCUCUCCAGGAAUAUCGGGAUGCGAAGAGGAUCGGUGUCUAUCUGUCCAUGCCAGCCGGCGAACUCUCUACAACUGCUAUAGUGCAGGAUGCCCUGGCCAAUGGCAAAGAAGUCUUCGUACCUUACAUACACAAUCUCGAGUUGUCGUCGCAGCCAAAGACAUCAGUCAUGGAUAUGUUGCUGUUAGAGUCGAUGGAUGAGUUCAGAUCGCUCGAGCCGGACAAGUGGGGAAUUCCAUCACUUUCGCAAGCAAGUGUACUUAACAAGAGGAACUGCUUCGGGGGCAAGGGAGUCUCACCCCAGCCGGAAGAUUCUACGCAAGGACCCUACGGGUUGGAUUUGAUUGUCAUGCCAGGAAUGGCGUUUGAUGACGGAUUCAGAAGAUUAGGCCAUGGCAAAGGCAUAGUUGUUCCAGAUGACAGCAGUCAACCCGAGGAUAUUCCAUCGCUAACCCCUCGUACAGUCGCGCUCGCUCUCAAAGAACAAAUGCUUGACCCGACCGAAAAGAUCCCGGUUGCGGAUCACGACUGGCUAGUAGACGUCCUCAUGGUCGGCGAUGACCGGUGCCUCGUGCGCCAACGCUGA